AUGCUGCUGUUGCUUCUACUGGUGAUGCUGACAUCGUGUGGUGCCAUUCCACAAGAUCUGUCAAAUAAAAUGUUCACCUUCCCACAAGAAACUAACACAGCUCAUGUGAGGGUGACUACAUCAAGGCAAGAUCUGAGUGCUGUAACCGUGUGUUUCAGGUCCUUUACUGACCUAAAAAGAGAGCAUUCAUUGUUCUCUUUGGCUACACCGUCUGUUAUAAAUGACUUCCUGAUAUACAAGAAAGCUGUAAAUGGUGCAGUUAACCUGUAUGUCAGGGACAAAUGGGUUGAUCUUGAAGGGCUGGCCUACAAGCUGAACACGUGGCAUUCUAUUUGUUCCACAUGGGACGCUACUUCUGGACUCGUGCAGCUGUGGGUAGAUGGAAUGCCUUCGAGCAGGAAAUUCGUCAGCUCUGGAUCCAACAUCAGUGGACCCAUCAUCAUUGUCUUAGGACAGGAACAGGAUUCCUAUGGUGGAGGAUUUGAUAUCAAACAGUCUUUUGUUGGCAUGAUGUCUGAUGUCCAUAUGUGGGACUACACCCUUUCCUCCUGUGAGAUCGAGACCUAUUCAAAUAAGUUCAGCUUCACACCUGGCAAUGUGCUGAACUGGAAUGCAUUUGAGUUUCAGAUUGCAGGAAGAGUGCUGUUAGAAAACAAACAAGAGUCCUGUCAAUAA